GGUGUAAUCACUUGUGUGGGCGCAGACUGCCAGAUAGGACUCGCAACGAUACAAGUCGUAAUCGUUAGUUCGUAACUUUUGAGGAUACCCGGUUGAUAACAACGGAGUUAUUUUUUCCGCCUACUGGAAAUGAAGGACAUAUUUAGCCCGGAUUGACACGGUGCGCCGUUUGUUUGUUUUUAAAUAACUACUUUUAACUUCUGGAGGGGGAAAACAGUGCAGCCGUCCGUAUUUUUCGCCAUUUCGAGUAGUUUUGACUUGUAAACAAUGACUGACAACAAGCACCCUCACGUUAUCUUUUGCAACGACUCACCCAAGAGGGUCCUGGUGUCCGUCAUCAAGACCACCCCGAUCAAGCCCCAGAAGGUGGAGGCCAUGACUCCCGCGAGCCCGGGAUUCAGCGACUUCAUGGUUUAUCCGUGGAAAUGGGGGGAGAACGCCCACAAUGUGACACUGAGCCCAGGCUCACUGAGCGGGGCUUCGUCUCCAGGCGGGACGGCCGGAGACGGCGACGCGGCUUCUUCGCCUGACCAGAACAAGGAUGGCAUCCGCAGAGGGCGCCCUCGAGCCGACACUGUCCGGGAGCUAAUCAGCGAGGGUGAGACGUCCUCCAGCCGCAUCCGCUGCAACAUCUGCAACCGGGUGUUCCCCAGGGAGAAGUCUCUCCAGGCCCAUAAAAGAACACACACGGGCGAGCGACCAUAUUUGUGCGACUACCCUAACUGCAGCAAGGCAUUCGUCCAGAGUGGUCAGCUGAAGACCCACCAGCGUCUCCACACUGGAGAGAAACCCUUUGUCUGCUCGGAGAAAGAGUGCGGCAAUCGAUUCACGCACGCCAACCGUCACUGCCCUAAGCAUCCAUUCUCCCGCCUGAGGAGGGAGGAGCCAAAGGAGGUCACGGGCAAGGCGCAGUCUGUGGACAACAAGGCAGUAGCGGAGUGGCUGGCAAAGUACUGGCAGACCCGAGAACAGCGGGCUCCCACCGCCUCCACCGCUAAGGCGCAGGGUAAAGUCAGAGCGCAGGACCAGGAGCAGCGAGACCCCAUGGAGUUCCUCCAGUCAGACGAGGAGAACGACGAAGAGGAGGAGAUGGCAGAGGAUGAGAAGGGCUGCCAGGGGGGAGCCGCCAAGCGUCGCCUCCAGGAGCAGCGGGAGCGUCUCCAUGGCGCUCUAGCGCUCAUUGAGUUGGCCAACAAUCUGUCCGCCUGAGCGCCUCCCCCUCCCCGUAUUAUUUCUGGCCAGCUCCAGUCUGCCUUCCUUACUUUAGUUGUGUACUGUAGCUCGACCACCAUCAAUCAAGUACAGAUCUACCUACUCAUUUCUUGUUGGCUUUCAAGAAUUGACCUGAGAUUAGUGCUCACAAGCUCCCGCACAGCAUCGGUCCCUCUCCACCCUAAGAAGGCACAAGCUAAAGCACCUUAUUCAGCUUCCAUUUAUCCUUUUAGGCUGCUAUUGUAGAUGUAACUAUAUGAAGAAUGUCGCUCUUCUUUUCGACCUUUUGAAGGCGAUCAAAGAGCACUUGUUUUGUUUUCUUUUGCACUUUGACGGUAAUACGUUUCUAAAGGUAUGUUUUCAAGCGAGUGACUGUAAAUAUGGUUGUAAGUUUUGCUAACAGCGGCCUUGUGGUGUUAAACGAUGGGCAGGUUUUUUUUUGGGAGAUUAGGGCGGGGCGGGGUUACCUUCUCGUGAGAGUGACAGGUGAUCAUUGCAAGCCUAAUCCACUUUUCGCAGCGUUGUUUCCUCUCACCGCAUUGGAUCUGCGCCCCCAUCGAGCGCAUGCACUUCAAAUAGUUUUCCACCAAGCAGUGUAGUAAAGGGAAACAUUUUUUUAAGUCGUUUUGUUUGGAUGCGGUACUUUAAACCCCAAUGAGGCUUGUCAUUCCACUGCAGGUUGCAGCAUGUCCACUGUAUUUAAAAAAAAAAAAAAAGUUUAUUCCCUCAUUUGACUCAUCACAUUUAAGAGGACAAAUGGACAGCAACGUCAAGUGGCGCCCUCAACCACUGCUUGGUAGAAAUCCGGUUUACCAAAAGGCAGUGGUGCGGCAUCGAAAGGGUAGAGGUUGCAUGUCUCUUGAUCAGGGUUUAGUUUCUCAAACUGUGCUGCUUGAUGGAAAAAGGGGGUCAGGAUAUUAUAUUUUACUUUUUGUCAUCUUUUAUAUUAAAAGACAGCAAAUUGGUUCAAAGAGGGUAAUUGAAUAUCAGCGCUGACAUCCAGAUGAUACCUUUUUGGGAUAGUUUGGUCAGUAUUUAAAGGAUACAUAAAGCACUUGUGUUGUAAAAUAUAUGUUGGAUUAUGCUUGCAAUGUUGAGGAUAACUUUGGGAUAAACGUCUCCUGUUUGUCUCGCAUUUUUGUAGUGCUUGCUGGGUUUUGUAUGUCUUAAGCUACACUACACAAAAAACACUGUACCAAAUUUUGUCAUAGCCCGACUUGAGCUUUUAUGGUGUAUUUUCAGAAGGAAACCUGCCGCCAAACCUGUUUUAAAUUUCUAUUAUUGGAUUCGGAAAUGUCCUGUGAGGUGAAACUGGAAAUUGUUAAUGUUAAAAGUCACCAAAUGUUUAUUGUACCCGAUUAUAGCCUGUUCUGAAGCGUUUCUAACCCAUAGUCGUUUUUUGUGUGUGUUUUGACAAAAUGAUGGCAUUUAAUAUAUACAGAUUGUUAGAGUAAUAUUGAUUAUGCGCAAUUUACCAAUACUUUGGAUGUGGAAUUCUAGUAUCAUUUUCUUUCAUAUGUUAACAUACUCCUGACAGUCUUGUAUAGAGUGAUUCUUGCUUGCUUGUUGCAAAAAUCUCGGGCUUCUCCUAACAAGCUAUACACUCAUAACGUUUUUGGUUUUCAAUAAACAUUCACAUCUCCUGA